GGCGAAUCUCAGAGAUGCAUCGUCGGCACCGCGUCAAAUUGACGAGGUGCUGAGGCAGUGCCUGGCUCAGAGUCGUCCGGUCUAUAUUGAAAUUCCUCAGGAUCUGGUUGUUGUCCCUGUUUCGACCGAAGGGCUAGAUUCACCGAUUCAGCUGCCUGAUGCCGUGUCAACAGCGGCUGACGAGACUGCCCUGGCGGCAAUCAUGGACAAGAUCAGUUCAGCAAAAAGUCCGAUGAUCCUCGUUGAUGGAGAGACGAGGCCGUUGGGUAUUGUCGAGCAGACCGAGGAACUGGUGAAAGCCACGGGCUGGCCCACCUGGACAACUGCUUUCAGCAAGUCACUGGUAGACGAGAGUCUGCCAAAUUACCACGGUAUCUACUCGGGCAGAUUUAGCGAUUCCGCUGUCAAGACAUUCGUCGAGAAGGCGGACUUGAUCCUGUGCUUCGGUCCUCACUUCAGCUCAACAAACACUUAUGCCUUCUCAAGCAUACCCAAGCCGGAUGUGACAAUCCUCUUUAGCGACAACAUCAAGAUAGCAGACCAAACAUUUCGCGAUGUCUCGAUCAGAGCGGUAGUCAGGUCACUUCUCGAAAGACUCGAAAAGUCCAAGAUCCAUCAAUACGCUCACUACCCAGAACUUCCUAAAGACCACGGCAUAGAGUUCUCGGAGGUGUCUAGCGAGGAGAAGAUAACGCACUCCAAGUUUUGGCAUCUCACGUCCAGCUUCGUGCGUCCAGGCGACAUCAUCUUCGGGGAGACAGGAACGGCCGGUCAUGGAUCUCGAGUCUUUGCCCUGCCGCGCCAUACUAGAAUGUUCCUCCCGACAACCUGGCUUUCCAUCGGAUACAUGCUUCCUGCUGCGCAGGGCGCUGCCUUGGCGCAACGAGAACUUAUCCAGUCAUCCAAGUACCACAACAUCAAGGAAGCACGCACGAUUCUCUUCAUCGGCGACGGCAGUUUUCAGAUGACUGUUCAGGAGAUCUCUACCAUGAUACGCCACAAGCUCGACGUGAUCAUCAUCCUACUCAACAAUGACGGGUACACCAUCGAACGAUGCAUACAUGGGUUGCAUCAGUCCUACAACGACGUUGCCCGCUGGCGCUACUUGCAGGCACCGGGUUUCUUCGGAGGCGAUCCAGAGACGUAUACGGGCUCUGCAAAGACCUGGGGUGAGCUAGAGAAAGUGUUGAAGGAUGGCAAGCUGAAGGAUGGUAAGAGCUUGAGGAUGGUGGAGGUUUUCAUGGACCCGGAUGACGCGCCCGAGGGCGCCCUACUUGAUUUGCUGCAGAAAGAGAAGGAGAGAAUUGCAGAUAGCCAAUAGUAGGCAGGGCAGG